AUGUUUUCACCGAACCAAAACACCUCCGGUGGCCCCGCCAUGGCCACUCGAAGUCGACGGAGGCAACGUCCUGUCAGCUCCGACAACAGCCUGACACAACAGCCAAAGGCCAAGCGGCAACGGCGUCCUCUGACCGAUUCCACCUUCGUCAACCCAGACCCCCAGAAUGCGCAGCCUCCCGAGAUGCUUGAGGUCAAGAACGAUAAGAUCGCAAGACUGCCCUCCCAUCCCGAUGGCAUUGAAAACGCCCAGGCUUUGACGACGAGAUCUGUGCGGAGAGAAGUUGCUGUCAGGCCAAAGAAGCCCAAGCAGGCCGAGAGGACAAGCAAGAGCGACGGUAGUGUUGAGCUAGCAAGAUCUAGCGCGUACACCGUGAGCAAGUUGAUAGCCCUUCCGGAUAGAAUCCGCGCAGACUCUACAGGUCGGCAACACGGUGCCAUCGACGCUUCCAACGGCUACGGUCUUUGCCUCACCCACACCCACGCCUUGGUCUGGCAAUAUGCCGGGUCCACGCCCUCUCCCGAGACAUUUGCCUUUACCCUGCCGUACCCCUCAAAACAUGCCACCGAGCCUUUGCCCCUUGGGUCGCUUGUCUCCGCGGGAACUCCUACCGAAGAGCCCGGAUUGGUGGUGGUGAUGCCCGUCAGCGGCAAGGUUUCUUUCUGGGAGCACAUUUCUAGCGCAGCGACUCUCGACUUCAUUCGACAACAAAGGAACGGCGUCGAGGACACGGUACCAGGACUGUUUGGAGGGGAACACGUCGUCGAAAUCACAAAGGCCGACACCGCUGGUUUCAUUCUUUCGCUUAGCAGUGGCCGACUAGCACAUCUGAGUGUUCGCGACGGCCAGGGCAAACCUUCGAUAUCGAUCCAAUUUCUUCAGGCUACAUGGGGCCAGUCCUCCGGUCAUUGGCCUAGCGUCUUUGGCAGCAUUCGCAACGCCCUGAAGUCAGCUGUUUCACGGGGUGAUAUUGCAGCUGUGAGAGUCAACCCCUCCAGCAGACCUGGGCCCAAGAAUGUCGUGGCGGCAACCAAGGCUGGCCGGCUGCAUGCGUGGAGGGUUCAACGCGCUGGACAUCACGAGAUCAUCGCUAAUAUCGACGCGCGUGAAUCCAUCCUGGCUGGACUCCAAUCAGUCCUCCCCCCAAUCCAAAGCAACGUGGACUUCGAGGUUGUCGACUUUACAUACGUCCCACGGGGUAUUGAGACGAAAUACACCGAUGCAAGCCGACUGAGCCAAGCCCUGACCGUGGACGAUGACUCCGUUCAGCAUCUACUACUCCUUGUAUCUCUCAGCAACAAACGUCAAUCGCAAUAUGCUCUUGUUGAAACCGUCAUCCGGGGUGAAGCUUUGGACGUCGGGAUGGUCAGGACCAUCUCUUCGUACACCACCCCGGUCAAUCCUUCAGCUACCGCGCGGACACGACUCUGUCUGCCGAGACCAGGUCUGGUGGCCUUCAUUGUAUUCGACCGUGCUGUUGUGAUGGCAUCCAUAGCGGCGCCGCCUGAAACACCAGACUCACAAAUACAAGGAGAGAAUCACGUCCUGCCAGCCACUUACGAAGAUGUGGUCGAUCUGCGGAAUGAGGAAUCACUCGAGAUAGUUGGCUCAGGGGUGGAAGAGCCUUUGGGCCCAGGUCAGGAGCUUGAGGCUCCGAGGUCUCACCGCGUGAAGAUCAAGAAUCCGACAGUGGUACUCAUGAUCCGCGGCGUGGGUAUUGUUCGAGUCGCACUCACAGACAUUGACAAGUUCGCCAGCGAAAAGCCGCCCGAGGUGACUGCGAGAAACAAGCUGGACCAGGCCGUCAUCUUUGGACUCAAGGACGACAAUCCUUUGGUAUUCGAGGGCCGGAGAGAAAUGCCGUUCUCUGAUGCGGAAAUUGGUGAGGCAGCUCUGGAGUUGUCGAAUGAUAUUCUUGCCUCAAAUACAUCUGUCCUCACAGCCCUACCUGCUUCGAUAGAGCUCAACCUGCGACAGCGCGGCAGCUAUCUCGACAAACUCAUGUCUCACUUGAACGCGCAAAAAGUCAAACUCGAUCGUCGCACCAAAUGGCAACUACUUUCCAACGCCGAGAAACUGAAUAUGGCACGGGAGUUGUGGAAAUUGCACGAGACUUUCUUGAGCGAGAGACCUAAUAACGACAGGAAGACUGUUGUCUCUGAAGUCAUCGAGUGCAUCGCCGAGGAAGACAAGAAGAACCCCGAUCGCAAUGUUGGAGAGCUCGAUCGGGCUCGCACGUGGUUUGUCAAUGACACUGGCCGAAUGGAGAUCUUUGUGCCCUGGACAUACCAAAUGAUCAAGCAUUAUCAUAAAGAGCAUCUGGCGGACGACCCGGCUCUGACGCGCUUCCUUUAUGAAGGUGUACACGUGUUCUACGAGAUCCUUCACGGCGCUCUUGAGUAUCGCCAACGCAAUCUCGAUUUCUACGGCCUUGGAGAUGAAAAUGUCGAAAACGGCAUCUUGAAAAACCAGGCUGACUACCUCGGCCUGCCCGUAUUCUGGACGUCGACCGCUUUUGUCACCAAUAACCUCUUUCGCCUCAAUCAACUUUGCCAGAUGUGGCUCGAUACUUAUUACCCCCCUCAGACUGUCUCGGGAUCUCCAUCGUCGAGCCUAAUCGAGUCACUUCGAAAUAUGAUGCCUAGUUUGGCAGACCAGCUCAUUGUGACUCUGACUGAAUCAGUCAGCUGGGCUGAACCAAAUGGCGACGAGGAAGCCUUGAUUUUUUGCGAGAAAUGCAAGUCGAUCCUUGCUGAUCUGAGUGACCUGAUUCUGAAGCUCAAGAACUACGGGCUCUGGGAUGAUGCGCUCCGGCUUGCCGAGAAAUAUGUCAGCCUCAGGGCCCUCGCAGAAUUGGUUGUUGGCCAGAUUAAGGAGCUGCGCAGUCAAGCCAGAGUGCGUGGUAUUGAAGCCCGGAGGCUUGUGGAGAUCAACGCCAAACUGGAUGAGAAGAAACGCCUGUUCACUAAGUACAUGGAUACUUACGGUGCGAGCUUCGCUUUUGAAGCGUACAGACUCUUGCUUGCUUAUGGUGGCAUCCAGAUGGUGCUGGAGUUUGCAGGCUCUGAUAAGAAAGGGUUCGCUACUAUGUUCCUAAGGAACGACGAUCGCCUCGGCAAGAUCUCUUGGAUAAACGACAUCGAGCGCGAACACGAUCUGGAUUCGGCCGCCAAGACUCUCAUCGGUGUGGGCCAGGCGGAAGACCAGGUGUGGAACAAAAAGAUUGAGCUGAGCCUGGGCAAAUUGACACUUCUGGCGGAAGGAGCCGGUGCUGAGACUGAUGGAAACUCGGCUCUGGUCCGCAGCAAAGCCGCCAGGUGUGACAAUCAGCUGGCGCAGGUUGAGAAUGACCUCGAGAUUGUUCGAAUCCAAGACCAAAUCUACCAGGUGGUGGUUCCAGCCUUUCAAGACGCUGUUGACGACGUUGCAGCGGUCGAGCUCGCCAUGCAAACUUUCUCGCCCAAAAUUCCGAAGAAGUAUAAGGUGCUGUCGGAUGAUCUGCAGGAGGAUCUCUUCCAGCUUGUCACUCACAAAGCCUUGCAGCCACUUAGCCUCAUCAAUCUCCUGACCCUGAUUCGAGUUGAUGACUAUGGUGUUGAGCCUGGUUUCUUGUUCUUCCAAGCACUUCGAGUGGCCGAACUUGGCAUAAAGGGCAAACAAAGGGAGGAUGCCAGGAGGCUCAUCUGGAGACGGUGUUACAUUCGCGACGAUUGGACCAAGGUCAAUUACACCGAGAACAUGAGCGAUCAAGCUGUUCUCAGUAAGCUGGUCGAGACGCAGCCCUACUGCACUAUGGUCGCAUGCCAUCAACACCAACUUAAACAAGAUAACAUAGAGACCGACUACAUUCUCUCUCCAGAAGCCAGCCAGGGUGUUUACACAGACCCCAACGUCGAAGUCCUUAGGUGGGAGGACGACGAUCCGGGUCUGCUGGAGAAGCGUGCCGAGGCCAUGCGGUGGGAGGAUACGCAGCUGAAGAAAUACAUUGAGAAGAACCAGCUCUCACGCUGGGCCAAGGCGGCGUGGGAGUCGGCCAAGAGGGAGGUGAUGGAGGACCUGGACGCGGUGACUGCGAAUGGCGCGAAUGGGGGCCCCAUGGCCCUGGCCAAGGUGAACGGGCAAGGCAACGGGCACGUGGUGGAGAGCGUGGAGGCAGACGACGAUGAGGAGUAG